GAAAAAGCCGACCACCGACCAGCUCAGGCGUCGCUUCACGGAGUUCGACCUGAACUCAGAUGGCACCCUGGAUAAGUCGGAGGUCCGUCGGCUGCUGCGGCAGGGGAGGCCCGGCAUCAGCGACGUUGAUGUGGCGGCUGUUUUCAAGCAGUUGGACAAAAACGGGGACGGCCGGGUGAGCUUCAACGAGCUCGUCGCCUGGGUUUUCUCUGCAGAGGGCCCAGAUUCUGAAGAGAGUGAGCGGCUGUUCAGCGGCCGGCAGACAAGCCGCCGGGGAAGCGCACCCGUUCCCUAG